GGGACGGGACGGGGGUGCACGGGCGCGAUGGGGAAAGACUACUACCAGACGCUGGGCCUGGCCCGCGGCGCGUCGGACGAGGAGAUCAAGCGGGCGUACCGGCGCCAGGCGCUGCGCUACCACCCGGACAAGAACAAGGAGCCGGGCGCGGAGGAGAAGUUCAAGGAGAUCGCCGAGGCCUACGACGUGCUCAGCGACCCCCGCAAGCGCGAGAUCUUCGACCGCUACGGCGAGGAAGGCCUCAAGGGCGGCGGCCCCAGCGGUGGCGCCGGCGCCGGCCCCAACGGCACCUCCUUCAGCUACACCUUCCACGGGGACCCCCACGCCAUGUUCGCCGAGUUCUUCGGGGGCCGCAACCCCUUCGACACGUUCUUCGGGCAGCGCAACGGCGAGGAGGGCAUGGACGUGGACGACCCCUUCCCCGGCUUCCCGCUGGGCAUGGGCGGCUUCACGUCCAACAUGAACUUCGUCGGGGGCCGCGGCCGGCCGGCCCAGGAGCCGGCGCGCAGGAAGCAGGACCCGCCGGUCACCCACGACCUCCGGGUGUCGCUGGAAGAGGUGUACAAGGGCUGCACCAAGAAGAUGAAGAUCUCCCACAAGCGCCUCAACCCCGACGGCAAGAGCACCCGCAACGAGGACAAGAUCCUCACCAUCGAGGUGAAGCGCGGCUGGAAGGAAGGCACCAAGAUCACCUUCCCCAAGGAGGGCGACCAGACCUCCAGCAACAUUCCCGCGGACAUCGUCUUCGUCCUCAAGGACAAGCCCCACAGCGUCUUCAAGAGAGACGGCUCCGAUGUUAUCUACCCGGCCCGGAUCAGCCUUCGGGAGGCUCUCUGUGGUUGCAACGUGAACACUCCCACCCUGGACGGCAGGACCAUCACCGUCAAGUUGCAAGAGGUAAUCAGGCCAGGCUUUCGCCACAGGAUUCCCGGAGAAGGCCUGCCCCUGCCCAAGACACCAGAGAAGCGCGGCGACCUGGUCAUUGAGUUCGAAGUGAUCUUCCCCGACAGGAUCUCGUCCGCAUCCAGGACUGUCCUGGAGCAGGUGCUCCCCAAAUAGCCACAGUCUUCCCAGCACAUAGCACAAGGACUUCUGGAACGUUCCAUAGCGGGAGGGCCCAGGGCGGGCGUCAGUCACACUGCUGAGUGUUUUCCAGAGAAUAUAUUACAAUCUCUCGAAGCCGU